AUGCCAAAUAUUUUAACAAGGAACCCCUUUCAUCAUCACCAUAACCACAAUCACAGCGGUAGCAAUAUCGAUAAUUAUGCAAAUGGUGUUAAUGGUAGCACGCAAGAUGCAAAUGACACCAGUAGUAUGUUCAGCGAGGCUACCGGUACAGCGUCUACAAUAGAUAAUGAUAACGGUAAGCGUCGCAAGCCAUUUCUAAACUUCAUGAAUGUUGGUUCUUCUAAUGUAGGGCAAACAACAUCUAACGACUCAGAUACCCAAUCGUCAGUGUUGGAAUUGAAGAGAUUUUUGAGACCAUCUUUGUUACAUAAUGAUACCAAUCGCAGUGGCUUCUUUUCUGGUUCUAAGAAGAAAGAAAUUAAACGACCUAUGUCUCCAGGAUCUCCUGUAAGCCCCCCAAAACAUGACUACAUUCACAACGAUACGCGUAAUGCGAUUCAUACACAAACAGCUAUCCCACCAUCCACUGACUCCGUUCUUUCAUUGGCUAACACUUCCAGUAUCUACCAAGACGACACUAUUUUAGCUCAAAAAUACGGUAAACUAGGUAAAACAUUGGGUUCUGGUGCUGGCGGUUCUGUGAAAAUACUUAAACGUCCAACCGAUGGAGCAACAUUUGCUGUUAAGGAAUUUAGACCCAAAAAGCCAACUGAAACCAGCAAGCAAUAUGCCAAGAAAUGCAUAGCAGAGUUUACAAUUGGUUCGACUUUACACCAUGUAAAUGUCAUUGAGACAAUGGACAUAUUUAGUGAUGCUAAAAAACAGAGGUAUUUUGAAGUCAUGGAAUACUGUCCAGUUGACUUCUUUGCAGUCGUUAUGUCUGGAAAAAUGUCCCGUGGUGAAGUCAACUGUUGUCUAAAGCAACUUGCUUGCGGAGUUAAGUACCUGCAUAGCAUGGGCCUUGCCCACAGAGAUUUGAAACUAGAUAACUGUGUUAUGACUGAGAACGGUAUUCUUAAGUUAAUCGAUUUCGGUAGUGCCGUUGUGUUUAGAUACCCAUUUGAACAAGAAGUAACGCUGGCCUCAGGCAUUGUAGGCAGCGAUCCAUAUCUAGCUCCUGAAGUGCUAGGGAAGAUAAGCAGGGCAGAUGGUGACGAAAGUGAGGAACCACAUCAGACAAUCAAAAUAGAUAAAAAAACAGGUCUAUCGCUGUAUGAUCCUCAAGCUGUAGAUGUGUGGUCAAUUGGAAUAAUAUUCAGCUGCAUGAUGUUAAAGAGAUUCCCAUGGAAAGCACCAAAAGAGAGUGAUCCAAAUUUCAAGUUAUACAACAUGCCAGAAGAUGAAGAGCAUGACUAUGAUGAAUCAGCCAAGAGACAUGAGAGGUUAAUGAGAGAGAGGAGAGAAAGAAGGGCCGCUGCAGAUGCAAAUGAUAACAAUGACAAAGCCACUCCACCGGAGAGGAAGAAUACUGACCAAGAUAUUAACGCAAAUAAAGAGUCUGAUGUUGAAUCAGUUUCAAAGAAAGCUGAUCAGAACGAGGUAAAACAAAAAGACAGUCAUGAACAACAACCAAUUACUAAAAAUGAAUCCAAUUCUAAAAAGGAAGAAGCUGGAGAGGCCAAACAUACCUCACCCUCAAAACGUGUUAUCCACGGCCAAUACAGACUGCUCAGAUUACUUCCUCAUGCUUCAAGACCAAUAAUGUCAAGGAUGAUGAAAGUCAAUCCUGCUGAAAGAGCGACAAUGGACGAUAUAUUCAAUGAUGAGUGGUUUAAGAGUAUUCCAAUGUGUACAAUAAAAGAAGGCCAAAAAGUACUUAGAGCGCAUGGCCACCAUCACACUGUGGUGAAAGAUAAUGAUGGUAGGACAGAGACUUACAAAGUUUGA